AUGAAAGCAAGAGACUCAAGCAAGCAGAAAUUUUAUUCAUUGAUUUUUCAUUUUUUAGAACUGGCAAGUGAAAGAAUGAUUGAAUUUUGGAAAGCUGCUUUAUCAUUAAUGAUUAAUCCAGAUGAUAAGCUUAUUUCCCUUCCAGAUGGUGUAAAUAUCUUUGGUAGUAAAAGUUUUGGAUCUGCUUUCAUAAUUCGUGAAUGUUAUACAGAUUUGUGGAAAUUGAUCACUGAAGAUAAAAAUUAUAAUGGCUGGAUUGUCACUGGAAAUCCUGGCAUUGGAAAAUCAAUGUUUGGAUUUUUUCUUUUGAUAUAUUUGGCUAAACAGGGGAAAACUGUGAUAUAUGAACAUUUCUUAAUGAAGGAUCAACAUAAAUUUCAACCUGAUGGUUGUGUUUUCAAAGGAGAAUUUAGAAAAGAACUCCAGGAUGGUGAAACUUGGUAUAUCAUGGACACAACAGUUCCAAAAACUCUGGAUAUAAUGGCAAAAAAGGAUGUUAUUCCCAUGACUA